AUGUCAGCGUCGACGCCCAAGAAGACGGUCAAGAUCGCCGCCGUCCAGGCCGAGCCCGCGUGGAACGACCUGCAGGGCGGCGUCAACAAGGUCGUCAGCAUCGUCCAGGAAGCGGCCAAGAACGGGACCGAAAUCCUCGGCUUCCCUGAAGUCUUUAUCCCUGGGUAUCCAUGGGCGAUGUGGUCGCAGCCAGUCAGCGGCAAUGCCCUUUACAUGGACGAGUACUACCACAAUUCCCUGGUUAAGGAGUCUCCGGAGAUGGACCGGAUCCGAGAGGCGGUGCGUGAAGCAGGGAUUUUCGUCGUGCUGGGCUACAGCGAGCGCGACAAGGGAAGUCUCUAUAUGGCUCAGUCCUUCAUCGACCCAACCGGCACCAUUGUCCACCACCGCCGCAAAAUCAAGCCCACCCACGUCGAGCGCGCCUACUGGGGCGACGGCCAGACCGAGAGCCUGACCACGACCGUCCAGUCGCCAUACGCCAGAGUCUCGGCCCUCAACUGCUGGGAACACUCGCAGCCCCUGCUCCGCUACUACACGUACUGGCAGAACCCGGACAUCCACGUGGCCUGCUGGCCGCUGAUCUGGGACAUGCCGGAAGAUGGCAGCCCGUGGCAGUGGCACAUCACGCCCGAAGCCUCGCAGCGCUUCUCGCAGGUCCUGGCCAUGGAAGGCGCCUGCUUCGUCAUGAUGGCGACACAGCUCAUGACCGAGAAGAACAGAAAGAAGUGUCUGGUCGAGAAUUACCCGUACGCCCGCACCCCGGGUGGUGGCUUCGCCAUGAUCUACGGGCCCGAUGGCACGGAGUUGGUCAAGCCGCUUGAUCCGGGCGAGGAGGGCAUUCUAUAUGCCGAGGUCGAUCUGAACAAGCGCGCACUGGCCAAGCAUAACUUGGAUCCUGUCGGGCAUUAUUCUCGCCCUGAUCUCCUGAGUCUGCGCGUCACGAAGCAUUCGGCCAAACAUCCUGGCACUCAGGUUCAUUUCCUUGAGUAG